CAAUCUCGUCAUGGACGUUUAAUCAGAACAAGAUGUUCGAGAGGGCCUUGGCAGUUUACGACAAGGACACACCCGACCGUUGGCACAAUGUGGCAAAAGCUGUCGGAGGGAAAACUGUAGAGGAAGUGAAGCGUCACUAUGACAUUCUCGUCGAGGAUCUUAUCAACAUCGAGACUGGUCGUGUCCCUUUGCCCAAUUACAAGACCUUCGAAUCUAACUCAAGAGGCGUCAACGACUUUGACACGAGGAAAAUGAAGAAUUUGAAGAUCUAACAUCAGCGUGAAGAAGUCCUUGUAAAGAUUCGGAGGGUUAUGUGAUUCUUCUGUCUACCGAUUAUCUUUGUAUUUGAUUAUUCGCUUUCAUAAUUGUCUUUGUGUUCUAUUUUAAUUGAAGAAAUUAAAACUUGGUUA